GAUCCUCGGCAGGUGUCAGGUAGAACCGGCCGCACUGCGAGCGAGUACUGCUGCGAUUCGCGAUGCUGAGGAGGACGCUGCCGAGACUGGCCUCGGUGAAGGACCGGGUGGCCGGCGCGGCCAAGAGCGCCGUGAAGGGCGACGAGCACUUCCCCGCGCUCAAGGGCCACCCGGCCGCGCGCGUCCACGCACGAGAGGCCGCGGAGAAGCAGGCCGGCCUCGCCGCGGCCGAGGAGGAGAAGAAGCGCGGCGGUAAGGCCGCGACGGUGAAGGAGUUCCAGAUAUACCGGUGGAAUCCGGACGCGCAUGGCCGGCCGUUCCUGCAGUCCUACUUCGUCGACCUCGGCACGUGCGGCCCAAUGGUGCUGGACGUGCUCCAGAAGAUCAAGUCGGAGCACGACUCGACGCUGGCGUUCCGGCGGUCGUGCCGGGAGGGCAUCUGCGGCUCCUGCUCCAUGAACAUCGACGGGGUGAACACGGUGGCGUGCCUGAAGCCCAUCGACACCGACACGUCGACGGCGACGAUGAUCACGCCGCUGCCGCACAUGUACGUGGUGAAGGACCUCGUCGUCGACCUCACCAACUUCUACCAGCAGUACAAGUCGAUUGAGCCGUGGCUGAAGACGAAGCGACCGGCGCCGGAGGGGCGGGAGCACGCGCAGUCACCGGGCGAGCGGCGGAAGCUGGACGGGCUGUACGAGUGCAUCCUGUGCGCGUGCUGCAGCACGGCUUGCCCGUCCUACUGGUGGAACUCGGAGGAUUUCCUCGGCCCCGCCGCGCUGCUGCACGCCUACCGCUGGGUCUCUGACAGCCGCGACGACUACGGGGAGGAGCGGAUCCAGGCGCUGUCGGAGGGAUGGGACAAGCUGUACAGGUGCAGGAUGAUCAAGAGCUGUACGGCGGCGUGCCCCAAGAGCCUCGACCCGGCCACGGCCAUCUCCGCCUUGAAGACCAUGCACCAGCUCCGCAAGGCGUGACACUGCGAGGAGCACGCACAGCUAUGUCAAUCGCUCGGCAGCUGAAUCGCAGCGAUGUGACUCGCAACUUGUGUAGCCUGUGUUGAUCUGGAAACUAAAUAAUGGCUAGGUAAUUUUAAUUGUAAUGGCAGGUGAAUCACAGCGGUGUUGACUGCAGGCGCAGGUAGUGGGGUUUCCUGUUAGUGCAGAACUCGCUUAGCCCUCUCCUGUCUCCUGUUCUGGAACUUUGUAUUUUCGCUAAAAAUAAUAAUGGAAAGGGGUUAAUGCU